AUGUUGAGCGCACCGAGACGUGUAGGCGCACCAAAGUCACGGGCACCAGGGCUACAGGCCCGCGAAGUGGUAUCUGCCAUUGGUAUUGUUUCCAAUCUUGUUUCAUUUCUUGUAAUGCUCCGUCAUCGAACAUUUAAAAGCUCGUUUGGACUACUUGGCACUUGCUAUGCUCUGACAAACGCAUUCAUUCUGAUAAUUUUUGCUGUAUGGGCUGCUCCGUGGACAAUUUGGUAA